AUGCAUUCCAUGGGUCACCUCUCCAUUCUCCAUCCUUCAGCUCCCCCUGAUGUUACUCAGGUAAAUGUGGUCACCCGCUCUGAGACUCAGCUAGAGCUGGAGUGGACCAAAGUCAACAACAACAAUGACUAUACCUACAUAUUGAGAGACCGCAAUGGAGAGGCCAACAUCACUGGAUCAGAUGCAGGGACCACAGUAAAUGUGGUCACCCGCUCUGAGACACACCUACAGCUGGAAUGGACCAAAGUCAACAACGACAAUAACUACAAUUACACACUGAGAGACAACAAUGGAGCAGAGGUUGACUUCACUGGAUCAGAUGCAGUGACCACACUGGAAUGGACCAAAAUCAACAACGACAACAACUACAAUUACAUACUAAGAGACAGCAAUGGAGCAGAGGCUGACAUUACUGGAUCAGAUGCAGGGACCAUAGUGAAACACACAGUCUCAUAUCUCUCUGCUGGAACAAACUACUCUUUCACUCUCUUCACUGUGUUUGAGGGAGUGAGCAGCAUAGGACGCACCUUCUCAGCAGUAACAGUUCCCUCCGAUGUUACUCAGGUAAAUGUGGUCACCCGCUCUGAGACCCACCUACAGCUGGAAUGGACCAAAGUCAACAACGACAAUAACUACAAUUACAUACUGAGAGACAGCAAUGGAGCAGAGGUUGACAUCGCUGGAUCAGAUGCAGGAACCACAGUGAAACACACAGUCUCAUCUCUCUCUGCUGGAACAAACUACUCUUUCACUCUCUUCACUGUCUUUGAUGGAGGAGUGAGAAGCACAGGGUAUACAUUCUCAGAGAUUACAAUUCCCCCUGAUGUUGCUCAGGCAAAUGUCGCAACCCUCUCUGAGACUCACCUAGAGCUGGAAUGGACCAAAGUCAACAACGACAAUAACUACAAUUACAUACUGAGAGUCAGCAAUGGAGCAGAGACAAACAUCACUGGAUCAGAUGCAGGGACCACAGUGAAACACACAGUGGCAUCUCUCUCUGCUGGAACAAACUACUCUUUCACUCUCUUCACUGUGUUUGAGGGAGUGAGCAGCACAGGAUUUACCUUCUCAGCAGUAACAGGCAUGUUCCCUCAUGUUCACUUUCAAUGA